UCCGUCCGCCACACCAAACGUACCUUCGACAGAAUCCGGAAGCAAGAAGCCGACACUGUUCUUAGAAGAGCAGUGCAGUAAACAUCUAAGUGAAAAUGACGAGACCUGAGACCGAGCUGAAGAACGAAUUUGAUCUACACUGCAAAACUUGUAAGUCGAUAAUCAUUAAAAAGGGCUUGUCAGUCUUUCGUAAAUUUAAGUUUCCUGAUGAAGCUUUACGAGGAACGCAUGAUAAAUCAAGUUCAAAACCUUCAGCAGACUUUAGAAAACAGGUUGAUCCUCCAAUAGACAUUACUAAAUUCCGAAAUAUGAAGCUUAUUGUAGAUUUUGAGGACUGGAAGCCAAAAGAAGAUAACUUUGAUUUAGAAACUUGCAUUAUUGAAGAUCUUGAGAACUACACAAAUUUCAUAAAGAGUGUCAAAGAUUGCUGGAUGACUAAGAAUAUGUUUGACUUAGAAAAUGCCGCUGUUGAAAAAUUAGAUAAAGGGAAAUCAGGAAGAGGCCCAGUAUUCUGUGGAAAUUGCUAUAGCAAGGAAGAAAAGACAGAUCCUGUUGAAAUUAUUGGCUGGACAAAUGACUCAGCCACUUUGAAACCAGUAUAUAUUAUGCGUGAUAAAGUAUCUGAAAUUAAGAAGUCAACUUGUAAAUAAACAAAACCCUCGAAUCCAUCAGUGUCUAUGCGCAUAGGUACACCAUAAUCUAUACACAUGCAGAUGAGGGUUGAUUCAUAUGAAAAAAAAAGUGAAUAAAAUAAUAUGACCACUUGCUUAUCAA